AUGGUCCACCUCAAGAACAUACUUGCAUCUCUUGCUCUGACCAGCACCGUUAUUGGUCAUCCCGGCCAUGAUCCUCGCGAAGAAGCCCUCGAGCGUCGCUCCUACUACGACUUCGUACCUCAGUACAAACGAUCUCUGAGUCACUGCGAAGCCAAAAUCAAGGCGCGUGGUCUCGAGCAAAGAUCGCUCGCUCGUCGCGAAGCUCUGGCCACAGACAUGAGACAAAAGCGUGGUCUUCCAGUCGUCAUGGAGAAACGCGAUACCUCCUCUGUCCUCAACACGACGCAUCUAUCGAACGACACCAGCAUCAACAUGGACGUUACUGAGGAGUACCUCUUCAGCAAUGGCUCUUGUAUUCUGGUGCCCGAGGUCACACAAGGUCCUUACUACGUCGAAGGGGAAUUAAUUCGCAAGAAUAUUACCGAAACACAAGAGGGUGUCACGUUGACUAUUGACAUCCAAGUCAUUGAUGUCAACACUUGCGAGCCUGUGCCGGAUGUCUACAUUGACUUCUGGCACUGCAACGCCACAGGAGUGUACUCCGGCAUUGUCACUAGUGGCAAUGGAGACUCCUCCGACACAGUCAAUGUCAACACGACCUUCCUUCGCGGCAUUGCAGAGACCGACACUGAGGGGGUUGCCACUUUCGAGUCCAUCGUCCCUGGCCAUUACACCAGCCGUGCCAACCAUGUUCACAUAGUUACCCACACAAACACGACCCUUUACGUCAACGGCACAAUGUCAUCGGGCUCUGUCCAACACGUCGGCCAAUUAUUCUUCGACAUGUCCUUGCUUGAGCAGGUUGAAGCGACAUAUCCCUACAAUACUAACACCCAAGACUGGACCAGCAACAGCGAAGACUCGAUUCUCUCGGAAGAGACCGCAACCGACGGCGUAGACCCUGUGGUCCAAUACAUCCUGCUUGGCGACGAUAUCACCGAUGGUGUGUUAGCUUGGGUAUCCAUGGGUGUUGAUAUGACCAACAAUCAGACCAUCACUCCUGCAGGCAACUACUACCGCACUGGUGGUGUGAUGGACUCGUCUUCGUCAGGUAUGGGUGGCGGUAUGGGAGGUGGCGAUGCCGGUGGUCCUGGAAACAGUACUUCCAACGGCACUGCAGGUGCACCUCCUUCUUGA